CUGUCCCCGGGGCGUGGCGGGAACUGUCCGGCUCUUCCUGUGGCGCUCUGGCCACACCCCCGUGCCACUCACUCCGCGGGGCCAUGGCGGCUGUGCUUUGGGGCCGGUGCCUCUCUCGGGCGUGGCUCUGCAGGAAAGCCAGGCAGAGAUGCGGCCGGUACUACCGCGCCGCGCUUUGCGCCGAGCUGAAGACGCCCCUGGCCAUUGACGAAGUGGCUCCCCGCCUAGUUGGGCCUUACGAGGUCAGAGUUGAUGUCCAUUUCUGUGGAGUUAACUUUGCUGAUAUUUUGGUCUGCCGUGGUCAAUAUCAGGAAAGGCCCCAUCUUCCUUUCACACCUGGAAUGGAGUUUUCUGGGACAGUAUUGGAGACAGGCACAGAUGUCAGCACAGUGAAAGAGGGAGAUCGAGUGAUUGGUGUGAGUGGCCUUAAUGCUAUGGCUGAGGAAUGCAUCACCGACCAGAAGAGCCUCUGGCAGAUUCCAGAAAAGGUCUCCUUACGAGAAGCUGCUUCCCUACCUAUAUCUUACAGCACUGCUAUUUUGGCACUUGAGCAUCGGGCCUGCACGCAGCCCGGAGAAACUGUUUUAGUGACAGCAGCAGCCGGAGCCACGGGCCUUGCAGUGAUAGAUGUGGCAACAAACAUUCUUCAGGCAAAGGUAAUAGCUGUUGCUGGAAGCGAUGAGAAGUGCAAGCUGGCCAUGCAGAGGGGUGCCCAGUUUGGCGUGAACUACAACCAGGGCAGCCUGAAGGAGGCAGUGAGGAAGCUGGUGGGGAGCAAUGGGGUAAAUGUGGCCAUCGACAUGGUGGGAGGAGAUGUCUUCCUGGAGUCUCUCCGCAGCCUGGCAUGGGAGGGCAGGAUUGUGGUGGUCGGAUUUGCAGGAGGAAACAUUGCUUCUGUGCCAGCCAACCUUCUACUCCUGAAGAAUGUCUCUGCCAUGGGGAUAACCUGUGGUCAAUACAAAGAUAAGAACUUUCCUGUCUUCUCCAAGACCCUAUCCUCGGCUCUUCAGUACUGCCAGCAAGGGCGCAUCCAGCCAUAUGUAGGAACAGUUUUCAAGCUGGAGGAGGGAGCUGUACACAUACAUCUCAACCUGAUGCUGUGCUUGAACCUCACAGAUCUGGACUUGUUCAUUAUUUAAAGAUCAAUGAUGCCUUCCGUCAUGUGACAGAGCGCAAAACCAUGGGCAAGGUGCUUCUCUCUUUAAAAUAAACCCUCACCUCAGCAGCAAACUCAGCACGUCCAAAUUCAAACUCAUUGUCUUUCCCCCCAAAACCUUGAUUUCCCUUCUGUGUUUCCAAAAUGUUACCAAGUUUCGUACUAAUCCAGGUGUAAAAUCUUAAAGAGUCACCUUUGAUUCUG